GUACACGAACUUGGGCGAUGAUGGGUUUUUACAACGUUUUGCUCUUUAUUUUGCAUGUUCUCCUCUAUUUAAGGAGAGUAAUUUGUAACUAUCUGCUUUAUAUAAGCAGGCCAAUAGGCCUGUCGUUCAGAAAAUGCACAGCUACGCAGUUGCGAGAUGAUGCAAGAAGUCUGAAAAAGCUUCCCAUUCAUCUUGGGAUUUUGGUGACGGAGGACCACAUUUCAUUUUCUGAUAUCGCCAAUAUUAUUGUAUGGAGCAUUGCAAUGGACAUUUCUUGUGUUAGUGUGUACGAUAUACAUGGUGUCUGUAAAGGUAACAAGACGAUACUCCAACAUGAGAUUUAUAAAAAGCAGAAGGAGGUCGAAGGAAGCAAAUACACAAACUCCCAGUUUAUCAUAGCAAAUUGCGAUGAGGAAGAUGUACAAAAUGGUUAUUUCAAGCCAGGUAAAUCGCAUAUAAAGUUAUUUUCUUUGGAGGAUGGCAGGAAAAGUAUAGCUGACCUAACCCGGCAACUCAGCAGAUCAGUUAUGAAAAAGGAAAUGAAAAUAGAAGAUAUUACUCCAACUAAAGUUGAUUGUAUUUUACAAGAAAACCUUGGUUGCCCUGAUCCAAACUUGGUUCUAAAGUUUGGGACGACCGACAGUUUACUGGGAUACAUUCCGUGGCAGAUACGCUUAGGAGAAAUCUUGUCGUAUCCCUCGCACCACAAGAUAGAUUACAAAACGUUCUUCCGACUUCUAGAUUCGUAUGGGAACACAAAUCAGCGCUUUGGAAAAUGAAAGACGAGAGACAUUGUUCACAAAACAGAAAACUUUCUAGGUCAUGAAGUGCUAGGACAUGUGAUGUCCAAAGUAUAUAUUUCAAUACCGGGUACUGUAGAAUGGAAAAUAUUCAUGACAUAAAAUUUUCGCAAAUGUCUAACGAUGGACGUAUUCGCGGCAGAAUAUUUUCGCGAGUGAAGAAAUUUUUUCCAAGAAAAUAUAAACUGUUUAUCUUGACAUAAAGCUCAUGUAUGGGGGCUGUAUCGUAAAUGUCGCCUAUAAUGUAUGAUAAAUAUGCUCAAUUUCAUUGUUAACAGUGUCGAGUGAGUAAGCCUACAUAGCACGCAAUUUAUAUGAGCAAUAAUUAAGCAAAAGUUGUUCAAGAGGUGUGUUUGUUAGGUGUAACCAUGAUACGUGCUAAUUGCACGGUGUAUGUACGUCGGGCCAAGCUGUAUGCAGUGCCUCUACAAUGCCAUGGAAUUCUAUCUAAAAGCAAGAGAUUUUCACCGCAGAAUAUUUUCAGUGAGCCUGACCUAUUCACGAAAAUAUUCUGCACGUGAAAUUUUUCCAUUCUACAGUAAUUCUUAUAUGUCUUAGCUGACUUUUUUGGGGUUGGCAGUAGUAUAAACAAAAUUCCGAUAUUUGGGGUUGGCAGUAGUUCUGUCUAAACAAAAUUUCAAUAUUUUGGGUUGGCAGUAGUCCAAACAAAAUUUCGAUAUUUGGGGUUGGCAGUAGUAUAAAUGAAAUUUCGAUAUUUGGGGUUGGCAGUAGUCUAAAUGAAAUUUCGAUAUUUUGGGUUGGCAGUAGUCUAAACAAAUUUCGAUAUUUGGGGUUGGCAGUAGUCUAAAUGAAAUUUCGAUAUUUUGGGUUGGCAGUAGUCUAAACAAAUUUCGAUAUUUGGGGUUGGCAGUAGUCUAAAUGAAAUUUCGAUAUUUGGUGUUGGCAGUAGUCUAAACGAAAUUUCUAUAUUUGGGGUUGGCAGUAGUCUAAAUGAAAUUUCGAUAUUUGGGAUUGGCUGUAGCCUAAACAAAAUUUCGAUAUUUUGUAUUAGGUCGAGCAUGUGCAUGAAUGAGUCUGCGGACGUUCCUAUGAAUGCACAUGCGCAAUCAGAAACAUGAAAUUUGUUUCAGCUUCUACCGAUCUAGCUGACUCAAAGUUCUCAAAUGAGUUUUGGUAUGUAUUGUACAAUCAGUUGUUGAUUUCACAAAGUGACCAAUCAGCAGGUUCUGAAAUUGAUGUCAGGUUCCCCAAACCUUCUUCUACACCCAUUCAAGUUGUCAUGGACAUAUUCAAAGUCAUCAUUGUACCACUGACAGUAUAGGCAGUUGUCAAAUGUGUUUGAACAAUAUCUUAUAAAAUCAUCUAAAUCUUUAAGUCGUGAUGACGACCUAGGUCGCAGCGUUAGCAGAAAGUAAGAAAUAAGAAACUUCCGAUCAUAUGCAAAUUACCGGUAGUCACUUUCUGAAAUUGGCAUGGACAUGUGAAGUACCUUGUAAAAAACUGCACCCUCUCAAAUACCUCUAUCAUUAUGCAUUCCAAGUUCCCCGCAAGUUGCCAUCAGAAGUGUAGCUGUCUUCUACAAACCUCUAACAAAUCACUGCAGGUUACAUGCCCAUCAAUAAGGCAGGUUGUCAGCGCAUCCUGAGGAAAUCAGGGGUAAAUGUUCGCUUCUCUGGCCCUGCACACAAACCCCUGAGACAUUCGCCCUCAUUUGGUGAAGUACAGGCGCACAUCGCCUUUAAGUCCGCACCGAGAUUUAGCUAUCAACCUCGGUUCUAGUACCGUACUUCUAUGAUUUGUGUGAUUGAAAACCGCACUCUGAUCUCGUAGAAUCGAGGUUGCAGUGCGCACCUCUAAGGAGACACUGCUCUCUUGUUGUUGGCAUGAUCAAAUGCGAGUCAUUCUCCAGAGCAGCGAUAACAUUCAAGCAUAGUGUAGGACUACUAUCACUAGUAUCCACUGCGCUGGAGAAUGAAUGUGAGUUUGGAAAUCAUUUUGAAAUUCUUAGUCUCUAAUGUAAGCGACGCUAUGAUUGGAUGCACUUAAUUCUGCGCUGGCUACUUCACCAAAUGAUGGCAAAUGUCUCAGGGGUUUGUGUGCAGGGUCGGAGAAGCAAACAUUAUCCUCAGGAUGCAGGUUUGGGUUGUCAGGAGACUUUGCCUUUGCUAGGAAAUUGUUCCCCCAAUUUUCAGUUAUGUCCCAGGUGACAUGAUGGAGUUAGCUUUUCCAUGGAGUAGUGUCCUCGAAGUUCUGAGAAUACUAGCUACUAAAUCAUGUCUCUUAUGUAAGGCCACUGAGGAUGUGCAGUCAGUGAAAAGUUUGGCAUUUUUAUCUAGUAGUAAGGCCACACUUUUUUAAUUAGUUGGAUUACGAAACUUCAGAUCCAAAACCUAUGUGGGUGGGUUGGGAAUUUUAAACAAACUUUGAAAGAUAUUUGUCUUCAAUCUUAAAACCGAUGUGGGGCGGGAAUUAAAAAAAAUUCCAUCCGACUCAAAAUCUAUGUGGAGCGGGGAAAUGAAAUAAAAACAUGCUUAUUUAUUAUCAAUUUUAGUCUCAGAUCAAACUAGGGGGACCCAAAAAAUGGAUUGAAAUUCGUCAUAAGGAAAUUUUUUUUUUCAUUUCUCUCUAUUUUAUUUAUUUAUUUAUUUAAUCGUACAUAAUAGUACAUUCAACAGAGUGCAGUGCUGUAUUGUGCAGUGAGAAAAAUAAAUAGAUGGAAGAACAUUUUAAAAACAAGUUAGAAACAGGCAGCAAAUGCCACAACUAAUUACCAGUGAUACUCAAUUGAACUUGUUUAUACAGAUAUUAUAUUGGCCAUCAACAAAUUAUUCAGUCUCAGGUGUCUGUAGAAUUUAGUUUACACAUAAAUCAUUUAAUAUAGUAUUAAUCUCAUCAAGAUUAAAGAAAUUGCGGUCUCUAUUGUCUCUCGAACUUAUCAUAUCUCUGAUGACAUUUGCUUUGUCUCUUAGAAUGACUGUUGCAUCAUUUAAAAAAACAGUUUUAUUUAUAGAAAUCUGUGUAACAUCAUAUUUUGCAACACCCGCUUUUGCACACACGGUAUUGAUGUUGUUAGCGACCUGUGAAUUACUACCCUUAAGGGCCAACUGACCGGCGAUUCUUAGCAAUGGGUUAGUGCUUCUUGCUAUCCCACCAAUGAAUUUUAAGAAGUGCGUAUGGAGUUGCAGUUCUGGGGGUAGGUCUUCACAGAUGAGUGGGAGCAGAUUAGAGUGUGUCAAAUAGGACACAUUAUAUAAUUUCCUGACACAUUUCCUCCAGGCGACGCAGAAUCGAUCAAGUUUUCUGGGGGUAAAAUUCCAGAGCACGCAUCCAUAUAGUGCCAUUGCGAAUGAUUUGAAUAACUUGUAUUUUGUUACUGAGUGGCAAUGUACAAAUUUUAUGGUUGCGGAAAAUGUGUCAAAUACGGUCAUCGGGACUUUUCUUUUUUCCCCACUUUCCAGAAAAUGACACCAGGGAGAUUCGUAAUCCAACAAAUAAGCUAUGGGUAUCAUGAAACGUUUCCUGGUACUAUCAGGCGAGCUUAAUUCCCUCAGCUUGCAAAAUGUGACCCAUUUUUGUUUCCGGAUACGUUAGAUAUUUAGCAAUAAA